CUACUGGUGCAGGUGUUUUGACAAAAAGUCACCAAUUUCCCUGAGAAAAACUUAAAGCGUUCGUUUCCUGACCUGAAAAUGUGCGAGAUCAUACAACUUCAAGUUGGCCAUUGUGGAAACGAGAUCGGUACCAAGUUUUAUGAGGUGAUUCUUAAAGAGCAUGGCGUCGACCAAACUGGUGCAUACCAAGGCACCUCCGACUUGCAGUCGGAUAAACUCGAGGUUUACCUCCGCGAAACGAACGCAGGCAGCUACCAACCUCGAGCCGUCCUGGUCGACCUGGAGGAAGACACCCUGGCCUCUGUCAGCUCCGGACCGCUGGGCGGGAUAUUUGAUCCGGACAACUUUGUCGUCGCACAGGGCGGAGCUGGGAACAACUGGGCCAGAGGUUUCUUCGGCGAGGGGACUAAGCUGGCAGAAAACGCGAUGGACGUUGUGCGCAAAGAGGCAGAGAGAUGCGACUGUCUGCAGGGGUUCCAACUAACUCAUUCUCUCGGUGGUGGCACAGGUUCGGGUAUGGGCGCACUGCUUUAUCAGAGGAUCCGAGAAGAAUACCCAGACCGCAUGAAGUGCACCUUCAGCGUUGUACCAUCUCCUAGGGUCUCCGAAUCGGUGGUGGAACCGUACAACGCGAUGCUUUCCUUCCAAAAGCUGUUAGAAUCUUCAAAGGGGACCUUCUGCAUCGACAACGAAGCCCUGCUCAACAUCUGCUCUCGCACUCUGAAGCUGUCCAACCCAACUUACGCUGACCUCAACCACCUCGUGUCUGCUACCAUGAGUGACGUUACCGCCAGCCUGAGAUUCCCCUGUCAAAUCAAUUCAGAUCUCCGCAAGAUGGCAGUCAACCUGGUACCAUUUCCCCGUCUCCACUUCUUCGUGUCUGGCUUAGCUCCACUGACAGGAAGAGUCAGUCAACAGGGCGUCUCCCUCACCGUUUCGCAGCUCGUCCAGCAGAUUUUUGAUGCCCAGAACAUGGUGGUGGACUGCAACCCUCGUCACGGCCGCCACCUGACCGCUUGUACCCAGUUUCGUGGUUCCGUUUCCAUGAAGGAAGUCGAAAAGCAACUGGGAAACCUUCAGGACCAAAGCAGCAGCCACUUCGUGAAAUGGAUUCCCAACAACGUGGUAGCCUCUGCCUGUGAUAUCCCGCGCAAGGGUGGGAAAACGUCCGGCAUUUUCAUUGGUAACCACACUGCCAUCCAGGAGAUGUUCAAGCGCAUCUCGAAGCAGUUCGCCGCUCUGUUUCAGAGCAAGAAAUUCUUGCACGAGUACAUCGCCGAAGGUAUGAGCGAGCAGGACUUUAGAGACGCCGAAAACAGUGUUAACGACUUGGUAGCAGAAUACCAGCAGUAUCAGGAUACAACAGUCGAUGUAGGGGCCAACUACUAGGAGGAAAUGAAUGAAUGAGACGA